GUCUUGCGCCUCCGCGUCCGCCCGCUGCUUCGCUCGAGUUCCGCUGUUCGCCUCCGCCUCCGCCACUUCUUCGCUCGAGUACUGGGUUUCUUCGUCUCCAUCCAUGGCGGCGGAAGUCAACGUCAUGGACAUUGUUCCGCAAUGCAAACCGAGCAUACAAUCUAGGUUUUCGACACUCAGAUACAUGAAAUGGCUCGUUGGCCACACUUCACAUGGUGAAGAAAAAGUUUUUCUGCACAAAGAAAAGAAUAUCAACUUCAGUAAGGAAAGAAACCGUAAUAUAGUAUCCAUUCGAGAGAAUACCAUGAAAUACAUUGGUGAUGGAAUACCAAUUGGUAUGUCUUAUGAUGGGUCUCCUGUGACCAAUACAGCAGGAACAGAUGCAGGAAUGGUGAACAAUGAUGUGAUUGUAAUGCGUGGAACUAUAUCUGAUCAGAAUAGUUUUGAAAAGAGGAACAGGAAAAAGCGCGCUGCAAAAGCAACAACACAUGAGAGGAACAUGCUAGAGUUCGUUAUAGAUCAUUUCAUUGAAGCCUUCAACAAUAAGCAUCUCAAGAUCAACAGAUUCAAUAAACCAAACCAAUAUGACUCUGGUUUUGUUAUCCAGUACAUGAGAUGCUACUAUGGAGUUGAAGUAAAACAAUUCUCAAAUGCUCCGCAUCUUCUCCAUUGAUUAAGUUACCAUUUAUUCAAGGACACAGAUGAUGUAUAAAAAAUGGAUUUCAGGAUCAAGAAAGAAGAGAAACAGAUAAUUGAAAAAUGAGAUCUUAUACUUUGUUGAACAAAGUCUUUUGUCGUAGUUCCUUUCUAGUGGGAUUAUUUAUUUUUAGUGAAUUGUGGGUGACCUACAUAAGUAUGUACUACAUGUUUUAGCCGGAAGGAACACUUUCUCUGGCAUUUUGACCUUAUGUUUUAUGUUUCCUGAUGGGGCAUUUUUCGAUUCCCUCUACUUUGAUGU